AUGGGCAAGUCAAGAGCCCGGUCGGCUCGUGUCGACCGGGCAGAUCAAAAACUCCAUGAAACACCGCUUGAGGCCGAAUCCCGCAAGGAAGCCAAUUUUGCCGAAGUCGAAUCUAAGCUGCCAAAGCGCUUCGACAGAUCUGAGAUGGGUUUCAUCGACAAAAGCACCAGCAUUCUUGGUCACCGAAAUCCCUUCGGAAAGAAAGCCACCCCGAAAGACAACAUAGUAUGGCUUCUUGACAAUUCUGCUUACGCCCCGGUCAACCCAGGCAAAGCCGGUGCCCAAACUUGGGAGGCGGAAUUUGUGGCCUGUUUCUUUCGAGCGGGUCGUAAAGAUUUGUCCAAAUAUGUCAGCAGUCUCAUGGACCUCAUGGGCAUCGAUGGCAAGGCUGGGACUGACCCGGAAGUCACCAGGAGAAUUGAAGAACGGGUGAAGCCCUUUGUCAUGGCGAUCGCACCGGCUCGCACUAUUGAGAUUGAGGUGCCUUGCCCAACUCCGCAAGGCAAUCCUCACAAGCGGCUUCUCGGCCCGUCGAAUCUCAAUGGCAUCAGUAGCCAGGUCAUGCCCGUAGGAGGUGCAGAUGAUGCCGACGGUAAGACGGUUAUUGGCUCGAGCGCCGAUGGUCUGUUUCCAGAUCUCACAUUCCAGACGCACUUUGUUGGCCCUGAGGGAUAUGCCAUCAUCUCUGACAUCGACGACACCAUCAAAGUCACCAAGACUCCAAAUCCUACUGGGAUCUUGUUGUCCACUUUUGCGGAUGAACCAAAGGUGACCUCCGGAAUGCCAGAGUUCUACAAAGUCUUGAACGAGGCCUUCAAAUCUCCAGCUUGGUUCUAUCUCUCUGCCUCGCCAUACAAUUUGUAUCCUUUCCUGCAUGGUUUCGUUCAUCAGCACUAUCCCGCCGGAACACUGAUCCUUCGGGAUGCGUCAUGGAUGAGCCUUGGAGGUUUGCUGCAAUCAUUCACACAAGGUGUGCAAGAGUACAAGACGGACCGAAUCGACAAAAUACAGUCGUGGCUUCCCAACCGCAAGUUUAUUUGCAUCGGUGAUUCGACCCAAUCUGACCCUGAAGCCUACGCCCAGAUGUACACCAAGUAUCCCGAUUGGAUCAAGGCAAUCUAUAUCAGAAAGGUCGUCGACGCUCCGAAUAUGGAGGUCAAAAACAGAAAUAGUCGCUUCGCAGAGGCUUUCAAAGAUGUGCCUGACUACGUAUGGAGAGUGUUCGUGCAACCAGAAGAACUCGCUGAUCACGUCAAACAUCUUGCUGGUCAGGCACAUCCCGGUCUACUUGGCUCAUUGCUCAGCGUCUAG